GCCCCGCACCCCACACACCCCGCACCCCACGCCACACGCCUGUGAAGUAUCAAGCUGGUAGGACCACAACUUGUAUGUUGCCUCCUCCACUUAUUUAUAGCAAAAAUUCUAGAAUCUCCUUUUCUACAAAUUAACCGUCACUUUUAAUUUUUUAAAACCCUUAAGAAGCUUUUGAUAUACAAGUUGAGAAUAGUGAAUCCUAGCGAACAUGUAAUAAACAAUAUUUCGCCUGCAAAAUAACUGUACUUAAUGUCGGUCAGUCCGUCAGCCCGUCAGCCGGUCAAUACAUUUUGUGUUUAAGAAGCAUAUUGAUACAGUUUUAUAACAAUAUUUACUUUAGUUGUAAGUUAAAAAUGGUAUAAAUGUAAUGGAGUUUUUAUAAUUUUUAGCGUCUAAAUAAUAACUAUAAAUGUUGACGUCGGUCUAGUCCCGUACUGAAAGUUGUACUUUUAGGAUUAAAUACCAUCAGCAUGCGACCACCCCGCGUGCACCCCGCGUGUACCCCGCGUGUACCCCGCGUGCACCACGCGUGUUUUAUAUGAUCGUAACUGUUAGCUUUGAACGUGUAUGUACUCAAAGCGAUUUGUACAGAUAAAUGGCAGGCAAUAUAGUGUCGGUCGGUAAGCGAGGUGCAGCGCGCCGCCGCCGUCGUCGCCUUGUAUAAGGCGUUUACAAUAUAAAAAAUAUGUAUUAUUAUUUAAAAUGAAUAAUUAAAAUGUGCAAUGCACUGAUCGCCGCCACGGACAGCGGCCUUGCUGCGGCUGGAGAUCACGCGUAUAGACUACUUAUUACGAUAUGUAUAGACAUGGCCGCCCUGCACUCCGCGGUCCGAUGCGACGUCUCUCAGUUACUCAGAAAUCGGUUAUCACACUACUAAUAUUAAGUAGUCGUCACCAAACCGUCUGAGAUUUUACUUUUCCACUAUGUUAAGAUUUAACUAAAUGAAAAGGUGGGGGGGGGGAGGGGCGAUAGCCGCCCCCUUCCCUCUCGGCCCGCAUCCUCUGGUGAGUGUGGAUGUGAGCAAAUCGAUACUUUAUUAUUGUACGGUGUAUGUGUCUCGUCGGUUUUUACCUGCUUUUAUAAAUAUAAAUAAAUAUCGGCGAUGUAUAUUAUGUUCAUAAUAAACUAUUUAUCGUGAGCCGCUCCGUUUUAUUGUUCCCUCCGCCGCUCCGGCUGUCUCCAGUCCGUGCCCGCCCCCUCGCUAGAGCCGCUCUUCAUAACAUCGGCUACCAGACGCUUCAAUGCGAUCAUAUUGUAACUCUCAAGUGAUUAUCUAAAACCAACUGGACCACUACGGACAUAACUUCCGGACAGGAGUCCGGUGCAAGUGAUUCCUUGAUUAUUAUGAAUUAUGUUUACUGAAUCGGUCAACAUACUUGUUAAUAUUUGCCGAAGUUUUAACUUAUUUUCAGAAUUGGACAGGAUUGAAUAGAACUUAGUAGAUUCUCGUUCUGAUCGACAAUUAGAUCGAAGACUUGAGAGUCGACAUGAGGGCUGACUACUGUAGUAAUGGACAAGACGUUGACCUCUCACCCGGUUUCCCUCGCUUGUGUGAGAUAAAGAGACGGUAUUAUUAUUGUUUGUGUGCCGUGCCCGCGCGACACAUCGCCGCUAUCUCGGGUGAGAGGGCAGUCCGCCGCGCGCCGCCCGCCAUGUCGCCGCCCCCGCUGCUGCUGCUGCCCCCCCUGCUGCUGCUGCUGCUGCUGGUGCUCUGUGCGCGCCCAGCACUACUCGCUGAUUCGGAGUGCGUCAUCGAGCUGACGUGCGCCGAGUGCGUGCCCCAGCACAUGCCGCUGGUGACGUCACACCGCGCCGCCCACCCCCUCCUGCGUCUGCUCCCCGGCGACGAGGUGCGCCUCGCCUGCCCCGGCGGCCGCUUCCUGGCCUACCCCCACCGCGCCGCCCUCGCCGCUCGUUGCGAGGCGGGACGUCUGCGCGUGCGUCACGACGGAGCGCUGCGCCACAUCCUGCACCUCGGCUGCCAGGACGACGUGUUCGACGACGUGCUGCACCAGGUGGAGUUCUGCGCGCCGCCGCUGCAGGGACGGGCGUACCGGGCGCGGGAGGAGCGCGGCGUGCGCCACCUCGCCGCGCUCUGCUUCGACCAGGACCGCGGCGUGGCGAGCUACGCGCGCACAGACAACUCGCCCGACGGCACGCUGGCGCUACCGCCGCACGAGGAGAGCUCCGCGCCGCGCUCGCUGCUCGCCAACUUCAACCAGAUGUUCGACUCGGGCACGCGACGCACCGCCGAGCGCCUCUACUCCGACGACGCGCGCCUCGACCGCCGCAUGCGGGAGAUUCUCAAGCACGACCGCUUCUCGUUCGCGGAGCAGUCGCUCACCUCGGCGCCGCUGCUCGCCCCGGCCUACUUCGAGGAGCAGGACGUGCGCGUCGCCGAGUUCGCCUCCAACAGGGUGGCGGCGUGGCGCAGCGUCGCGGCCGGCAACCUGCGGCACGUGCAGCGCGACGUGGCGCGGCUGCUGCGCGCGGCGCGCCCGCACAGGCGGCUCGAGGUGUACGCGGGCACACACGGUGUGCUGGCGCUGCGCACGGACGACAACCGGACGGAAGUGUACCUGGAGGCGGGGAGGUUCCCGGUGCCGCGGUACGUGUGGACGGUGGUGCACGAGGCGAACGCGCGGCGCGCGCUGGCGCUGGUGGUGCUCAACGAUCCGUUCGUGUCGGUGAGCGAGGUGGGCGAGGCUGUGUUCUGCGAGAGCGUGUGCGGGCGCGUGUCGUGGCUGCAGGAGCUGCGCCGGCACGAGCACUACGAGGGCGCGGUGUACGGGCUGACGUUCUGCUGCGCGGUGCGGGAGGCGGCGCGCAUGUUGCCGGAGCUGCCGGCGGGCGCGCUGGCCGCCGUGCCCGCCGGGGACGCCGGUCUGCUCACGGACCUCCUCUGACCGACCUAGCGGUACCUUCCGAAAUCGCUUUCGACUCGAACGUAUUAUGAUUAAGAUGAUGUGUAUCAGACACACCGGUUGCGCGGAUUGCAAAGUUAAAGGCAAUGUGUGCACAAUGUAUCUCGAGAGUGACAUCCGUUAGUUUUUAGUAAAUUGUAAUAAAAAAGUAAAAUAUAUGUAUACUUAUAAGCUCCGCGGAAGAGGUAACACAACCUUCAUGCACGAGUCUAUUUUUUUGAUGUAUUAUAAUAAAAUAAUUAAGAAGU